UAAUUUAGAGGAAGAAGAAGAAAUUGACGUAUACGUCAAGUGGGAGGAAAAUAAAUUGAAUUUUCACAAAUUGGAGACAUGUAUUUAGAGAAAGUUAAAGGUGUGCUAAUUAUAUUUUAUAUGUGACAUAAAUUAAACUGAUAUAGACAGUCAUGCCUACAUAAGAAUUUGGAAGAAUAAUGAAGAUAAAUAUCGAAAAUCCAUUGGAAAAUAGAAAAGAAACCAACAAAGAUCUACGAUCAACUAUAUGUUUCUUGUCUCUUUGUCGAUUAUUAGCUCUUUUCUGUACUAUUGUUGUAAUUAUAUGCAUUUUACUACUUUGUAAAGCAUAUAUAAGAUUUAUAUUAAUUUGGUUGGAGAGGCAAGAUGCUCUAAUUGUUUCUACAACGAUAUGUUUUUUGUUCAUAAUAGUUGCUUUACCAAUAAGCAUUGGGUAUAUAGUUUUAGUUCUUGCAACAGGGUAUUUAUUUGGUGUUUCUAGGGGACUUUUAUUGGUUGUAUUUGGAGCAAAUUUCGGGUUAUUGGUUGCUCACAACAUAUUAAAAAUUUUAGGACAUCAUCACAGCAUUUUCAAAUAUACUCAAAAUGACAUGGCUAAAGCAAUUUUAAGAGUAAUCUCGGGACCACUUUGCUUUAAAAUUGUCUUCUGUUCAAGACUGACUCCUAUACCUUUUGGACUUCAAAAUACUAUUUUUGCAUUAAGUAAUGUAAGUGCCAGAGUUUAUCAUAUAGCAUCUUUCCUUGGAUUGUUCCCAGCACAGUUUGUGGCUGUAUAUGUUGGAUCUACCUUGCGAUCGAUGCAGGAUGUAUUAGAAAACAGAAAUAUAUCUUCCAAUACAUAUAUUUUUGCAACUGUUCAGCUGUUGCUUGGAGCAUCUUUGAUGGCAUUCAUCGGAACCAAAGCAAGAAAGGAAUUGCUGAAAGCAAUCGCAGAAGCAGAAAGCAGUUCUUCUAGCGGACUGGGUUAUUCUUUGGUGUGAUAUUUUUGUUAUUGUUUUUAUAUAUAUUUACCUAAACGAAACCAAAUAUUCUUCCAUUUCUAAGUCAGAUCUGUCUAAGUUAAAUAAAACUUAUUUUUUA